GGGCGUCAUGGCGGCAAUUGUGGGAAAUGUAGUCCCGGGUGAGCUCGGCGAGCGGGCGUAAACGCGCUCGCCGACUACCAUCCCCAGCAGGCUCCGCGCCUCUGGCGUCUCCUCACACAGAGGCUGCGCGGGGGGCGGGGUUGUGCCCCGGGAGGUGCGACCCAACGGCUCCCGCCGCCGUUCGAACUUUGCGCGGCCAGGGUUCGCUGGUUCUCCGCGUCGGGUGUCUGAGGCUUCGGUGGCCCGAGGCCUGGGAGACGGUCCGACGCUUCCAAGUGCGGCGUUCGUGGUUUUCGUUUGAGUGUCUUCACAGCUGCGACUUGGAUGGUGAGCGACUGCGCCUUGCGAGUGGAAACCGACCUACCUCGGGGAGUUUUGUUCUUUUCCCUCCGGACGCCGUGUUUGCGCUUCGCCUGGUCCUCACGGUUGCUUGGAAUUUGGAAGCGAGUUUCAUGACCCUAGAGAUAAUCAUCCAUUGAAGAAUCAAAAACUUUUCUUCAUAUAUUUCUAUGAUUGACCUGACAAAUGUUAUUUUGAUCCCUGUGGUUGUGACUAAUAAAUAAAUGGAAUCUAGUUCUUCAGACUACUAUAAUAAAGACAAUGAAGAAGAAAGUUUGCUUGCAAAUGUUGCUUCCUUAAGACAUGAACUGAAGUUAACAGAAUGGAGUUUGCAAAGUUUAGGGGAAGAGUUAUCCAUUGUUAGUCCAAGUGAAAAAUCCGAUUAUGUCUCUAAUCCCUCAAAGUCUGAAGGGCCCAUUUUGGAAGAUCUUAUUCAGCCUAGCCACCCUGGACUUUUGAAUUAUUCACCUUAUAAAAAAGUUUGUAAAAUGUCUGGUAGCAGUACUGACUUUCAGAAAAAGCCAAGAGAUAAGGUGUCAUUUUCAUUUACCUCUGUGGAACAGGAGAUUAAAAGCCUUCGAGAGAAACUUAAUAAACUUAGGCAACAGAAUGCUUGUUUGGUCACACAGAAUCAUUCUUUAAUGACUAAAAUAGAAUCUAUCCACUUUGAAUUGACACAGUCAAAAGCCAAAGUUUCUAUCCUUGAGUCUGCUCAACAGCAGGCAGCCAGUAUCCCAAUCUUAGAAGAGCAGAUUAUAAGUUUAGAAGCAGAAGUUGCAGCCCAAGAUAAAGUUUUGAGAGAGGCAGAAGAAAAAUUAGAACAGAGCCAGAAAAUGGUCAUUGAAAAAGAACAGAGUUUGCAGGUGUGCAGAGAGGAAUGUAUAAAGUUGAAGGUGGACUUACUUGAACAAACUAAACAAGGAAAAAGAGCUGAACGACAAAGAAAUGAAGCACUAUAUAAUGCUGAAGAGAUAAGUAAAGCUUUCCAACAAUAUAAAGAAAAAGUGGCUGAAAAACUGGAAAAGGUUCAAGCUGAAGAAGAAAUAUUAGAGAAAAACCUGGUUAACUGUGAAAAAGAAAAUAAAAGGCUACAAGAAAAGUGUGGUCUGUACAAAAGUGAAGUUGAAAUUCUGAAAGAGAAAUUAAGGCAGUUAAAAGAAGAAAAUAACAAUGGAAAAGAAAAAUUAAGGAUCAUGGCAGUGAAAAAUUCAGAAGUCAUGGCACAAUUAACUGAAUCCAGGCAAAGUAUUCUGACACUACAGACUGAGUUAGAGGACAAAGAUGAAAUACUUAGAGAAAAAUUUUCUCUAAUGAAUGAGAACCGAGAAUUAAAGGUCCGUGUUACAACACAAAAUGAGCGACUGGAUUUGUGUCAACAAGAAAUUGAGAGUUCAAGGGCAGAACUGAGAAGUUUGGAAAAACUUAUAUCCCAGUUGCCAUUAAAAAGAGAAAUAUUUGGUUUUAAAUCAUCUCUUUCUAAGUACCAGAUGAGUAGUUUGUCAAAAAAGGAGGACAAUUGCAUUGGCUGCUGUGAGGCAAAUAAAUUGGUGAUUUCGGAAUUGAGGAUUAAGCUUGCAAUAAAAGAGGCAGAAGUUCAAAAGCUUCAUGCAAACCUCACUGCAAGUCAGUUAUCUCAGAGUUUUAUUACUUUUAAUGACAACCAAGAAAGUAGCAAAUUAAAUAGUUUAGAAGCAGAACCUGUAAAACUAGGUGGCAAUCAAGUAGCAGAAAGUAUAAAAGAUCAAAAUCAACCUACUGUGAACAAGCAAUAUGAAAGAGAGAGGCAAAGACUUGCUAUUGGAAUAGAAGAACUACGUACUAAGCUGAUACAAAUAGAAGCGGAAAAUUCUGAUUUGAAGAUUAACAUGGCUCACAGAACUAGUCAGUUUCAGCUGAUUCAAGAGGAGCUGCUAGAGAAAGCUUCGAACUCUAGCAAACUAGAAAGUGAAAUGACAAAGAAAUGUUCUCAACUUUUAACUCUAGAGAAGCAGCUGGAAGAAAAAAUAGUCGCUUAUUCCUCUAUUGCUGCAAAAAAUGCAGAACUAGAACAGGAGCUCAUGGAAAAAAAUGAAAAGAUAAGAAGUCUAGAAACCAAUAUCAAUACAGAGCAUGAGAAAAUUUGUUUAGCCUUUGAAAAAGCAAAGAAAAUUCAUCUUGAACAGCAUAAAGAAAUGGAAAAGCAGAUUGAAAGACUUGAAGCUCAACUAGAGAAAAAAGACCAACAGUUUAAAGAACAAGAAAAGACUAUGUCCAUGUUGCAACAAGAUAUAAUGUGCAAACAACAUCAUCUUGAAUCACUAGAUAGACUCUUGACAGAAAGCAAAGGAGAAAUGGAAAAGGAAAAUAUGAAGAAAGAUGAAGCUUUGAAAGCAUUACAGAACCAAGUAUCUGAAGAAACAAUCAAGGUCAGACAACUAGAUUCAGCAUUGGACAUUUGUAAGGAAGAACUUGCCUUGCAUUUGAGUCAAUUGGAAGGAAAUAAGGAAAAGUUUGAAAAACAGCUAAAGAAGAAAUCUGAAGAGGUAUAUUGUUUACAGAAAGAGCUAAAGAUAAAGAAUCACAGUCUUCAAGAGACCUCUGAGCAAAAUGUUAUUCUACAGCAUACUCUUCAGCAACAGCAGCAAAUGUUGCAACAAGAGACAAUUAGAAAUGGAGAGCUAGAAGAUAUUCAAACUAAACUUGAAAAACAGGUAUCAAAAUUGGAACAAGAGCUUCAAAAACAAAGAGAAAGUUCAGCUGAAAAAUUGAGAAAAAUGGAAGAGAAAUGUGAAUCAGCUGCACAUGAAGCAGAUUUGAAAAGGCAAAAAGUUAUUGAGCUUACUAGUUCUGCCAGGCAAGUAAAGCUUGAGAUGGAUCAGUACAAAGAAGAGCUGUCUAAAAUGGAAAAAGAAAUAAUGCACUUAAAACGAGAUGGAGAAAACAAAGCAUUGCAUCUUUCUCAAUUAGAUAUGAUCUUAGAUCAGACAAAGACAGAAUUAGAAAAGAAAACAAAUGGUGUGAAAGAGUUAGAAAAAUUACAGCACCAUACUGAAACUGAACUAACAGAAGCCUUGCAGAAAAGAGAAGCACUAGAGACUGAACUACAGAAUGCUCAUGGAGAAUUAAAAAGUACUUUAAGACAACUCCAGGAAUUGAGAGAUGUGCUGCAGAAGGCUCAGUUAUCAUUAGAGGAAAAAUACAGUACUAUAAAGGACCUCACAGCUGAACUUAGAGAAUGCAAGAUGGAGAUUGAAGAUAAAAAGCAAGAGCUCCUUGAAAUGGAUCAGGCACUUAAGGAGAGAAAUUGGGAGCUAAAGCAAAGAGCAGCUCAGGUUACACAUUUGGAUAUGACCAUUCGUGAGCAUAGAGGAGAAAUGGAACAAAAAAUAAUUAAAUUAGAGGGUACUCUGGAGAAAUCAGAAUUGGAACUUAAAGAAUGCAACAAACAGAUAGAAAAUUUGAAUGAAAAAUUGCAAAAUGCCAAAGAACAGAUUCGAGAAAAAGAGUUUAUAAUCCUACAAAAUGAACAGGAGAUAAGUCAACUGAAAAAAGAAACUGAAAGAACACAACAAAAGAUGAAAGAAAUGGAGAGUGUUGUGAAAGAGCAGGAACAGUACAUUGCCACUCAGUACAAGGAGGCCAUAGAUUUGGAGCAGGAAUUGAGGCUAACUCGGGAGCAGAUGCAGAAUUCUCAUACAGAAUUGCUGGAGGCUCAUCGUCAGCAAGUCCAAGCCCAGAGAGAAAUAGAAAGGCUCUCUAGUGAACUGGAGGAUAUAAAGCAACUCUCUAAAGAAAAAGAAGCUCGUGGAAACCAUUUAGCUGAAGAAUUGGGGGCUUCUCAAGUACGUGAAGCUCAUUUAGAAGCAAGAAUGCAAGCAGAAAUCAAGAAAUUGUCAGCAGAAGUAGAAUCUCUUAAAGAAGCUUAUCAUAUAGAGAUGAUUUCACAUCAAGAGAACCAUGCAAAGUGGAAAAUUUCUGCUGACUCUCAAAAGACUUCUGUUCAGCAGCUAAAUGAACAAUUAGAGAAGGCAAAACUGGAAUUAGAAGAAGCUCAGGACACUGUAAGCAGUUUACAUCAACAAGUCCAAGACAGGAAUGAAGUAAUUGAAGCUGCAAAUGAAGCAUUACUUAUUAAAGAAUCAGAAUUAACCAGAUUACAAGCCAAAAUUUCUGGACAUGAAAGGGCAGAAGACAUCAAGUGUCUACCAGCCUCAUUUACACCUCCAACAGAAAUUAUGCCUGAUAUUCAAGAUCCAAAGUUUGCUCAACAUUCUUACACAUCUUUUUUCAAGUGUAGAAAACUACGUCGCUCUAUUAGUGCCAGUGACCUUAGUUUCAAAACUCGUUAUGAUGAAGAUCUUUCUGAAGAAUUACUGCAGGACUUAAAGAAAAUGCAAUUAGAACAGCCUUCAGCAUUAGAAGAAAGCAAUAAGGAUCUGACUUAUAUGCAGUCAGACUCAUUUAAACCUCUCAAAUAUAACCUAGAAGAUGAUAGUUCUGAAAAUAAUGACUUUAGUACUCUUAGUGGAAUGCUAAGAUACAUAAAUAAAGAAGUAAAACUGUUGAAAAAGUCUUCUCUGCAAACAGGUGCUGGUUUAACUCAGACUGGAACUCAGACCCAACUUGGACCAUGUAAAUGAGGACAACACCCUAGAGAAUGGCAAAACAAAAGGAUUCAAAGCACCGGAACCCCGAAUAGCUUCAUGGAGCAGAACCCUGCUAGCAGCCUGAAGCACUUACCUAUGAUCUAUUGUCAGUUCCUUCAGUGUUAAUGCGCAGUAUGUCUUUGCUCACACAAGCUACCAAAUUUCAGCAUUACCAAUUGAAAAUAUCCUCGGCUUUGGAGUUAAACAACAUGGCUUCAAAUUUCAGCUCCAUUACUUAUUAUCUGUGAGACUUUGAACAAAUUAGUCAACGUCUCUGAAGUUGUUUUCCUCUCUGUCAAAACACCUAUUUUGUAUGACUAUAUGGAAAUUAAAUGAAACAACAAAUAUGAAAACUUCUGGCAGAGUGUGUAAUUCAUAACAUACUGAUUUGUUUUCUUUUGAGCCUAACUUACUUUUCUUGCAUCAUAUCCCACUGCAUCCCUUACAAAUCCUAUAAAUAGAGCUAAAGCUACUUGAUUUUCCCAAGUCAUACAAUGUACUUCUGCAUUUCUUCUUCAACUGCAUGCUCUUUCCUUCUCUUUCAAAAUUAUACUGUCUUCAAGGCUCAUUUAAAAUGUUGAGCCCUCCAUAAAGCCCUUUGUACCUCACAAGUGGUGUGUUAAUCACUCCUUCCUCUGCAUAUUCUUAUUUUGUAUGCUUAUCACAGUAUUUGUUUCAAUCU